AACGGCAACAUCCGGUCCGAUAGGUGGCGGUACUCACCGUUAGACACGUAGCUGACGCUACGUACGACAUGCUGUUUACCACAGAGGAAGACAGGGGUAAUGUUUAUUAGCGUUAGCUUGAAGCAGCUUCGAAUAUUAAAGAAAUUAGUCAGUUUUGUUCCUAUUUUACGUCGUCAUCUGGAUAAUGUUUUGAAGCGACUUGAGUAAUGUUACCGAAUUAAGUGUUUUAGGUCAUCUUAAAUUAAGCUUUCAUGUGUCUAAAAGCUAAUGCCGAUGCUAACUUAGGCUAAAGCUCGAUAACUCAGUUAGCUAACGUCUUUGCUAAGGCUACAAAGGCUGGUUUUCAGCUGUUGCCUUAUUCAGAUAAAUACAUGGACGCGCUGUAAAUUGUAUUUGGUUAAAUGUAAUGUGGGAAAUGGCGUUUCAGAGUUACCCAGACAGAAAACCUUCCCUUUACUAAGCUACAUAUCAAAAUAAGCAAGCUAGCUACGUUAGCUUGCUAGCUUAAUACAUAGUUCACUAAAUACCAGACUCGAUGUGAAGCAAAUAGUAAAAGAGAAACACCAUUGACUUUCUGCCUUACAGUAUGCAGGCAUAGCAAAAACAUUACAGCUUUUCUUGUUUAAAGUCUAUUACUUAGACCGACUUUCAUUGAAAUAACAGUGAACUGGUUAAACUUCCAACUUGCCAUAAGUGAAGCUACAGUCACUCCUUAUGGCUGCUUUAGGCUUUACUCCUGCCAGCGGGCAGGAUGUUUUCAGCAUUGAAACAACCGAACAAUCCAGCUCUACAACAAGCCGUGUACUCAGUGGGGAAGAGGCCAGGCAGUUCUACGAAAAUUUAAUGAAAGAUGAGAAAGGGCAAGAUGUAUCAAGGAGUGCAAUUAGCAAGAAAGAUUAUCGCAGAGAGCAUCAGAAUAAACAGAGGGACAGUAGAAGAGUGAGGAGGAGAGUCAGGGCCGCAGAGAUGCAUCGGGGUCAAACCGAUUCUGCUGUGCAAAGAGGGAUUAGUGGUGAAAGUGAAGGCAACCAAAGAAGAGAGACAAGCAACUCAGAAAGGUCCAUGGAGCUCCUGGGGCUCAGGUUACUGCGCUGUGCCCAUGAGGGGGACAUCACUAGCCUCAAAGAGCUGCUCUCAAAGGGGGUCGACAUCAACUUCCAGGAUACUUACUUCUGGACGGCGGUAAUGUGUGCAAGCUGGUCAGGACAAAGAGAUGCGGUGAGGCUGCUGCUGCAACACGGAGCAGCCUGGGUCGGAGUGGUUGAUACACAGGGAAGGGAUGCCAAAGACCUGGCGCUGGAAGCGGGCCACAGGGAGGUAUUGGAGGAGUUGGAGAGCUAUGGGAGAAGUACACACAGAGAGACACAAUCUGAUAGCAGUGCCCCCCAGCUUCAGUGGUGCGGUGUGUGUUGUAACGAGUACAGCAGCAGCCUGUCAUCACAUCUCUCCUCCACUCUACAUCAGUUCAGUCUGCGGCGUCCUCCACCCACCCCGUACUACUGCCUCCCCUCCAGCAACAGCUACAAGAUGAUGGUUCGUAGCGGCUGGAAACCAGGGACAGGGCUGGGGCCAGAGGGAGAGGGGCCUCAACAGCCAGUGUCAACUGUGCUGAAGAGAGACCAGAAAGGCCUGGGGUAUGGACAGAUGAAAAGAGCCAAAGUUACUCACUUCCAAGCCAGAGAUCAUGACGCAGUGAAACCACCAUCCAAGGUGAAAGAAGAGAGAGGAGGAAAAGGACAGAGGAAGGAAGAAAGUAGGAGAAAGGAGCAAAAAGAUAAGAACUGGGAAAGAGAUUUCCGUGCCUCUUUUUACCUUUGACACCUGCUCACAGUGACUUUUCUACAAGACCUCUUUCCCAAACUCAUCUAAAAGUAUCUCUAAAACAUUAAACAGAUCUAUUAUGAAGACAACCUGUUUUUUUAUUUCAAACUGUUAAGGUGUUUGUGACGCAGCUGGGACGUGUUUUCCCAUAGAGCAUAAUAUAAUUACCUUGACUCUACCUCAAAGCUUAUACUGUGUCCAUUUAUGGAAUCAGUUGUGCCGCUGCCAACAGGUUGUGCAAUGACCAAAUGUGGCAUUGAUUGAUUUGAUCUUUAUCGUGAUUGCGUGACUAAAGAUGGUGUGUUUACUGUUAACCCACUAAGAUGCUUUCAAAAGUUGACAUAAAUGGAUUAUAUUUUCAUUUAUUAAAAAUUACAUAAGCAUUACUGAUCUAACAACCAUCACUGUGAACACUGGUUAUGGUGCCAACAUUUUUAAUGUCAGAGAGCUAUGUUGAUAUGUUUUAUAUGGUAAUAAAAUAUAAAACAUUAUUGAGACAUAACACCCCGUUAUUUGUGAGUACUAAUAGAAUUCAAAACUGUUCAGAUACUAAGUAAUGCUUUUAAAGUUUGUCCUUGAUGUGACUAUUGUUCUUGACUAGAAUAAUGUUAUGCAACUGUACAAACCAACAGUGAACUCUCCCUUUGGAGCAGCUCUGGCUACCUUCUCACCUAAUUUAACGCACCUGCACACACAUGAUUGAUGAGUCACAUGUUUGUGCAUAUCUGCCAUCUCAGCAUGUCACUCAUGCUAUCACUUCCUCACAUUUAGCCAAGUAAAACUCUUCAGUCUAAAGUGUUAUAUCUCAAAAGCUGGAUUCUUCUACGGUUACGUGUUAGGGUUAGACAUGUUUCAAAAUUGUAUUUAAGUAAUCACAGCUCAAGCCAAACUAGAGCCCUGUAACCUGCCAUGACACAACAUGUGGCCUUAGUCCUCAGACAGGGCCUGGCUGAAGACCACAAAGGACUGAGCUGUGGUCAUCAGAGCUCCAAGGCUACUGAACAACUCCCCCGAGGGGCUUUGUCUACCAGAGUCAGUAUCAUCUUUAAAAUCACUACUUAAAGCUUUUUACACUGAGUGACAAGAACAAUGAAAAAACCUGUACACUGUAAUCUAAUCCAAAAGUCCUGUAAUAAAUGCUGUUUGUACAAA